AUGUCCGACCCCAAGGAAGGCUCCAAGGAAGGCGGUAGAAGCCGCUUCACCGGCUUCGUCGAUGACCUGAAGGACAAAUUCUCCGACGCCAACCUCCAGGAUGCCAAGAUAAGCCUCAUUCAUAAAAAGCAGCAAAUUGGAAAGCUCGGUAACCUGUUCAACAGAGACCAUCGUCACGACGAGGAACAUGAGCAGCGCUGUGAUGAAAAGAGGACCAAAAUCUGCCAGUCCAACCGCUUCGAAUCAUUCUUCCCGGAGCGCGAUGGGAAUAUCACAAAAUGGUAUGUCGACGGCUGUGACUACUUUUGGGCCGUUUCCGUCGCCCUCGACCAGGCUACCGAGUCCAUCUACCUUGCCGACUGGUGGUUGUCGCCCGAAGUCUUCAUGCGCCGUCCGCCGUAUCACAACCAAGAAUAUCGCUUGGAUCAGAUCCUCAAGCGCAAGGCCGAAGCCGGUGUCAAGAUCUACGUCAUGGUCUACAAGGAGGUCGAGGCAGCCUUGACGUGCAACUCGAACCACACCAAGCACGCCCUCCAGGCACUCUGCCCCAAAGGAACGCCAGGCCACGAGAACAUUCGCGUCAUGAGACACCCGGACCACAACGUCUUCGAGAAUGCCGCCGACAUGACCAUGUACUGGGCACAUCAUGAGAAGUUCAUCGUCAUCGACUAUGCCAUGGCCUUCAUCGGCGGCAUUGACCUUUGCUUCGGUCGAUGGGACGCUCGUCAGCACCCGCUAUCCGACGUGCACCCCGAAGGUGUCUCCGAGGAGAUCUGGCCAGGCCAAGACUUCAACAACAACCGCAUUAUGGACUUCCAGAAGGUGCAGGACUGGCAGCAGAAUGAGCUGAGCAAGGCCGAGUACGGACGGAUGCCGUGGCACGACGUGGCCAUGGCCGUCAUCGGGCCCUGCGUCGUCGACAUUGCCGAGCAUUUUGUGCUGCGCUGGAACUUCAUCAAGCGCGACAAGUACAAGCGCGAUGACCGAUUCGACUGGAUCGUCCUCGAGGGCCGCGAAGGGGAUGACGAGGACUUGGUCGGCGUCCAGCGCCCCAAGCAUCCCGUCGGAGACUAUGUGAAGCACCCUCUGACACCCCUGAGCACCAAGAACCUUAACAAUCGCGGCACCGUCCGCGCGCAGGUCGUCAGAUCAAGCGCCGACUGGUCCAGCGGAAUCCUCAAGGACCAGUCGAUUCAAAAUUCCUACUGCGAAGUUAUCCGCAAGGCAGAGCACUACGUCUACAUCGAAAACCAGUUCUUCAUCACCGCCACGGGUGACAAGCAAUCUCCCAUUCACAACACUAUUGGGGCCGCCAUUGUCGAUGCUGUCGUCCGAGCAAGCAGGGAAAGUCGUCGUUUCCGCGUCAUCAUUCUCAUACCAGCCGUUCCCGGCUUUGCGGGUGACCUUCGAGACAACGCGGCGUCGGGAACGAGAGCCAUUAUGGACUAUCAGUACAAGUCCAUAUGUCGCGGCGAGCAUUCUAUUUUCGGAAGGAUCAAGGCCGAAGGAAUCGACCCGUCCGAGUACAUAUUCUUCUUCAACCUGAGGUCCUACGACCGGCUGAACAAGACCCAUGCGAUUUGCGUGGCGGAAAAGAAAACUGGCAUCAGCUACCAGCAGGUUCAACGAGCCGAGGCGGAGGAAAUCAUGGCCACCGGCGUCCAUGGGCUCGAAGACGAUAGCUCCAAUGAUGAGCAUGGCAGAUUCCACGGGAAGCAGCAUGACAGCAAGCACGAGGCAAAGUCUGCUUCGCAAACUGAGGCCUCCAAGAACGCGAUGCAGGCGAAGAAACUCUUUUACGAAGCAAAGCCUGACGAGGAGGUGACGACCGUCGCCUCCGUCGCUCACUACGCCAUGAGCGGUCAAAAAUCGCUCAAGGACGAGACGUGGGACAAGAAUGCAGACCCAGAGUCUGAAAUUCGAAACUGGAUCCAGGAGGAAUUGUACAUUCACUCCAAGCUGCUGAUUGCCGAUGACCGAGUCGUAAUCUGCGGGUCCAGCAAUCUCAAUGACCGUAGCCAGCUGGGUGACCAUGACAGCGAACUCAGCAUCGUCAUGGAGGACACAAAGAGGAUACCGAGCAUGAUGGGCGGGCAACCGUUCGAGGCCGGCUACCACGCGGCAACGCUCCGACGAUUCCUCUGGCGCGAGCACUUGGGCCUCCUCCCACCGCAGGCCCUCCACGCCAAGGACGACAUCAAUGCGCAACCACCCAGCGUUCAUGCCGAGAAUAACAUCUUCGACAAGGACGACACGUACAAAUUCGUCGAGGAUCCCCUGAGCGACGAGCUGUGGGCGACUUGGACCAACCAGGCCGAUAAGAACACCAGUCUCUUCCGGCACCUGUUUCAUGCGGACCCGGAUGACCAUAUCAAAACGUUUGACGACUACGACCGGUAUCUCCCACCGAGAGGCGUCAGGUCCGGUCACAUUUACGAUCAGUUCAUGCCCCCGGAGGACGCGCGGGAGAAGCUCGAUCAGAUAAGAGGCCAUCUCGUGUGGAUGCCGAUGCGGUUCCUGGAGGAAGCCGAGAUGGCGGAACGCGGCCUUCAGAUCAACUCAUGGACGGAGAGCGUGUACACAUAG